UCUCUUUCACGCGUUCCGUGCCCGAUUUUUGUUUAUAAAAAUUGAAUUGAAUUAAAUUACUUCCAAUGCAAUUUCAUUUUAAAAUUGAAGACAAGGAUAUUGUGCCUGCGGCUGCCAGUCAUGUGAUCAAUCCACACAGUUCUUUGCAGCCCCAGCAGCCCGCUGUACUGGUGGAGCCAAAGGAUGCACAACAUGAAAUCAAGUUGCAAAACAUUGUGGCCACCUUCUCAGUGAACUGCGAACUGGACCUCAAGACAAUAAAUUCCAGGACCCGCAACUCUGAAUACUCGCCCAAGCGUUUCCGCGGCGUAAUCAUGCGCAUGCACUCGCCCCGCUGCACGGCGCUCAUCUUUCGCACGGGCAAAAUCAUAUGCACGGGAGCCCGCAACGAGAUGGACGCCGACAUUGGCUCGCGCAAGUUUGCGCGCAUUCUCCAGAAACUGGGCUUCCCGGUCAAGUUUAUGGAGUACAAGCUGCAGAAUAUUGUGGCCACGGUGGACCUGCGCUUCCCCAUACGCCUGGAGAACCUAAAUCAGGUGCAUGGCCAGUUCAGUUCCUACGAGCCAGAAAUGUUUCCCGGCCUCAUCUAUCGCAUGGUCAAGCCACGCAUUGUCCUGCUGAUAUUUGUCAAUGGCAAGGUGGUCUUUACGGGUGCCAAGUCGCGCAAGGAUAUCAUGGAUUGCCUAGACGCCAUUUCUCCCAUAUUGUUAAGCUUUCGCAAAACGUAGACGCAGAGCUCUGCUCGGGGUCUGCUAUUAUCGAAGGUAUUUUUAGAUAGUUUUUUUAUACGCCUUUUUACGAACAAUGCCAUUACUUAGAUGUGUAGAUACUCUGAUAUCUUUCAUAGGAAAUAUACAUACAUACAUAAAUGCAAAUAGUAAGCAUUUUU